CCGUUGCGGAGUAGUGUAAUUGUUUAAAACUGUUUAAAAAAUGGCAUCCAACAUUGAAGGAAUUUUGGCACCGGUGUUCACUCCGAUGUACGAAGACGGCGAAGUUAACUAUUCUGUGAUAGCGGAUUAUUUGAGUUUUCUAAAACGGAAGAACAUAAACGGUAUCCUAGUUGGUGGUACCACCGGAGAAGCAGCAUCUCUGAGCUUGCAAGAACGGAAAGACGUACUCAACGCUUGGCUGCAGAGCGCAAGAAGGCACAAAAUCAAGGUCAUCGCACAGAUCGGCGGAAUGCCUCUGCCUGAUGUCAUUGAAAUGGCACAAUUCGCUGAAGAUGUGGAAGUCGACGCCAUCAUGACUCUUCCAGAACUUUACUACAAGCCCCGAAACGUAGAGCAGCUGGUCUCCUAUUUAGAGACGGUAUCUAAGGCGGCACCUACACUACCUUUAAUCUACUACCACUUUCCUAUGAUGAGCGGCGUGGACUUGAACAUGAAAAGGUUCUUUGCACUGGCUUCAUCGAGGAUUCCAAAUUUCAUGGGAAUGAAAGCGGAUUUAAACGUUGCUGUAAAAGUCGCUGAUUUGCUUGCACCCGAUCAGAAAAUAUUCAUGGCUAAUCACCAUUUAGCGGAAGCGGCACUAAUGGGACACGAAUCGAGUAUUGCAACGGUUACAAACAUGUUCCCGGAAUUAGUACAAACUAUUGUGAAUGCCGUGAGCACUGGCGACGUGAACACUGCAAGGAAACUACAGGAGACCCUUAAUCGGGCAGUUGAUAACAUUACUGAACAAGGUGAAUUCCUGCCCUGCAUGAAAUCAGCCAUGCCGAUGAUCACUGGAAUCCAAGUGGGCCCGCCGAGACGGCCGCUUUUCGCUGUAGAUGAGACAACGAAGAAAAACAUAGAAGACAGAUUGAAAGCCAUAAAUAUAAUUUCCUGA